AGCAGAGGACGGGGCGCUGGCGACCCCGAGAGGGAGGGAGCAGGCGGGCCCCAGCUCGGCGCAGCUGCCUGGACACCUUGGGUUUUGGGGCGGGGGAGCCCCGGCGACUGCGAACAUGGACCCCGUCGCGGGAGCCUUUCUCAGGAUGCUCUUUCUUUUGUCUGCUCGGCCGUGGAGCACAGGAGUAGCAGGGAAUACUUAUAACUGUGAUGCUCCUCUGGCGUCCUCCUUGCCCCGGGCUGCCUUCAGCAGCUCCUCAGAGCUGUCCAGCAGCCACGGUCCUGGCUUUGCAAGUCUUAACCGCAGAGAUGGAGCCGGUGGCUGGUCUCCACUUGUGUCAAAUAAAUACCAGUGGCUGCAGAUUGACCUUGGAGAGAGAAUGGAGGUCACAGCUGUGGCCACUCAGGGAGGAUAUGGGAGCUCCGACUGGGUGACCAGCUACCUCCUGAUGUUCAGUGAUGGUGGGAGGAACUGGAAGCAGUAUCGGCGAGAAGAAAGCACCUGGGGUUUUCCAGGAAACACAAAUGCAGACAGUGUGGUGCAUUACAGACUCGAGCCUCCUUUUGAAGCCAGGUUCCUGCGCUUCCUCCCCUUGACGUGGAACCCCAGGGGCAGGAUCGGGAUGCGGGUCGAAGUGUACGGCUGUGCCUACCGAUCUGAGAUGGUUAGUUUUGAUGGGAAAAGUUCCCUGCUGUACACAUUUCAUCAGAAAUCCAUGAAUUCAACCAAAGACGUUAUUUCUCUGAAAUUUAAAACCAGACAGAACCACGGGAUUCUACUCCACAGAGGAGGACAGAAUGGUAAACACAUCACACUGGAGUUAGUUAAAGGAAGACUCAUCUUGCUCCUUCACGCAGGCGAUGCUAACCCGCCCUCCCCCGAGGCCCUCGCGCUGGGCAGCCUGCUGGACGACCAGCACUGGCACUCUGUCCUCCUCGAGCUCUUCAACACGGACGUCACCUUCUCCGUGGACGGCCACACUCAUCGCUUUCAAGCGAAGGGAGAGUCCAGCUAUUUGGACCUGGAUUAUGAGAUCAGCUUUGGAGGGACUCCUGGACGUGGAAAAUCAGUGAUGCUCCCGCAUAAAAACUUUCAUGGCUGCUUUGAAAAUCUCUAUUAUAAUGGAGUGGAUAUCAUUGAUUUGUCCAAGAAACACAACCCACAGAUCCUCAUCACGGGAAAUGUGUCCUUCUCCUGCUCACACCCUCAGACCGUCCCUGUGACUUUUCUGAGCUCCAGGAGUUACUUGGCUCUGCCAGGCAUCUCCGGAGAGGACCGCGUGUCCGUCAUCUUCCAAUUUCGAACGUGGAACAGAGCAGGACUCCUGCUGAGCAGCCAUUUUCAGCACCGGUCGGGAGCUCUCAUCCUGGUCCUCAGUGAUGGAAGACUCAAGCUGAGCCUCUCCCAGCCUGGACAUCCAGUGAGGGACGUCACAGCAGGUGCUGGCUUAAAUGAUGGGCAGUGGCAUUCUGUGUCCUUAUCUGCAAAAGGCACUCAGCUGAGUGUGACGGUGGACGGUGAGGCAGCCUCCGUGGCUCAUGCCCUGCGGGGGCAGAUUGACUCAGGCGACACCUAUUACUUGGGGGGCUGUCCCGAUAACAGCUCUGGCUCUGGAUGCGCAAGUCCCGGUGGAUUUCAGGGCUGCCUGAGGCUCAUCUCCAUUGGUGACAAAGCGGUGGAUCCCAUCUCAGUACAGCAGGGGGCGCUGGGGAGCUUCCGUGACCUCCAGAUAGACACCUGUGGCCUCACAGACAGGUGCCUGCCCAGCUAUUGUGAACACGGGGGCGAAUGUUCCCAGUCCUGGGACACCUUCUCCUGCGACUGCGCACACACUGGUUACACGGGAGCAACCUGCCACUCCUCGCUGUACGAGCAGUCGUGUGAAGCCCACCGGCACAGAGGAGACUCUUCGGGGCUCUACUACAUUGACUUGGACGGAAGUGGCCCGCUGGGACCGGCCCUCGUGUAUUGCAACAUGACAGACACCGCCUGGACCUCAGUGCAGCAUAACGGCUCCCACUUGGUCAGAGUCAAAGGAUCGAAUGGAGAAAGCCCCCAUCCAGUGUUUUUCAAGUAUGCAGCCGGCAUGGACCAGCUCCAGGCCGUAACUGACCACGCAGACCGCUGCGAACAGGAGCUGACUUUCCACUGCAAGAAGUCAAGGCUUUCAACUGGCCACGAUGGAACCCCAGUGAGCUGGUGGGUUGGAAGAACCAAUGAAACACACACUUACUGGGGAGGUUCUCUGCCUGAUGCUCAAAAAUGUACUUGUGGAUUAGAGGGGAGCUGCAUUGAUUCUCAAUAUCACUGCAACUGUGAUGCUGCUCGCCAUGAAUGGACCAGCGACACGGUGGUCCUUUCCCAUAAGGAGAAGCUGCCGGUCACUCAGAUUGUGACGAGAGACACGGGACGACCACAUUCUGAAGUGGCUUAUGCACUGGGGCCUCUGCUCUGCUCAGGGGACAAGUCAUUUUGGAAUGCGGCUUCCUUCAAUACCGAGACCUCGUACCUUCACUUCCCUACGUUCCGAGGAGAGCUCACUGCGGAUGUGUCUUUCCUUUUUAAGACCACAGCAUCCUCUGGGGUGUUUAUAGAGAAUCUGGGGAUCACAGACUUCAUCAGGCUCGAGCUGCGGGCUCCCGCAGAGGUGACCUUUUCCUUCGACGUGGGGAAUGGGCCUUGUGAGGUCACGGUGGAGGCCCCCACUCCCUUCAAUGACAAUCGGUGGCACCGUGUGAGGGCGGAGAGGAACGUCAAAGAAGCAUCGCUGAAAGUGGAUCAGCUCCCCAGCAAGACCCAGCCGGCCCCGGCUGACGGGCACGCCCGCUUGCAGCUCAACAGCCAGCUCUUUGUGGGUGGAACAGCCAGCAGGCAGAGAGGCUUCCUAGGAUGCAUCCGGUCUCUGCGGUUGAACGGGCUGGCCCUGGAUCUGGAAGAGAGAGCCACAAUGACACCAGGAGUGGAGCCAGGGUGUCCAGGACACUGUAGCAGCUACGGACACCUGUGUCGCAAUGGAGGGAGGUGCAGAGAAAAACGCAGAGGGAUCGCUUGCGACUGCACCUUCUCUGCGUAUGACGGGCCAUUCUGUGAGCAUGAGGUGUCUGCCUAUUUUGAAAGCGGCUCCUCGGUUACCUACAGUUUUCAAGAGCACUACAAUUACACCCUUAGUAAGAACUCCAGCUCCUUCGCGUCUUUACUGCGUGAGGACCUGACACUGACCAGAGACAUGGCCGCACUGAGCUUCCGGACCACGGGGACCCCCAGCUUACUGCUCUACGUCAGCUCCUUCCACGAGGAGUACCUGUCCGUUAUCCUCGCCCCGAACGGAAGUUUGCAGAUCAGAUAUAAGCUAGACAGACACCAGGAACCUGAUGUUUUUAACUUUGGUUUUAAAAACCUGGCUGAUGGCCAGCUUCAUCAGGUGAAGAUUAACAGAGAAGCAGCAGUGGUCUCUGUAGAGGUUAACCAGAAUACAAGGAGACAAGUCAUCCUGUCGUCGGGGACAGAAUUCAAUGCUGUCAAGUCCCUUGUGUUGGGGACGAUCUUAGGUCGCUCGGGACCAGCGGAUGAGGGCGAGCCCUUGGUGACUGCGGGCCGGAGGGACUCCGCGGUCAUCGGAGGUGUGAUAGCCGUUGUGAUAUUUAUCUUGCUCUGCAUCACUGCCAUCGCUAUCCGCGUUUAUCAACAGAGGUGGCUAUACCAAAAAAACGAAUCCAAUAUUCCCCAAAAUGGGGACAAUGCUGAGACUGCCCUGAAAAGUGAGCUCAACAUGCAAAGUGCAGCCAGCGAAAGCCAGAAAGAGUAUUUCUUCUGAUCAGCCGUGACUUACUUAUUACUAUGAUGAUGUGACUUUCUUGUUAAGCCAGGGGCUCCUGGUGGAGGAAACCCUCCUCUCGUCCUCCUGGGGUGGGCGCUGGGCGGGCAGCUCCAUCGGUUUGCUCACACGUGGUCCCUGGAGGCUCUGCUCAGUGCUCCUUCUUGAUCUAUUUAUUAGCAGUGACUUAGGUGUGCUUGUUAAUCACCGCUUGUCAGUUUCUGGCUGUUCUGACCUGAUCUUCUAAAACUGAAAUGUAUUUUGCAUAAUUACUUUGGGUUCUAAGUGGGAACAAGGAUUUGAGCUGUGGCCCUGCUCUCUUAAAAAUCCAACACGGAAGUUUAUAAAAGUCAAAUUUGGCCUCUCAUGUUUUGCGUUACAUGGAAACCUAACCUUCCUUAAUCGAUCACCUGCUGACAUUGAUCAACCAGGAAGUGCUUCUCAAAUGGUCUUCAGCUGCAUUUCCAUAUUCCUGUGAACCAGAGCCCAGUGGCCAAGAAUGCAUUAGAAACCUGGAAAAGAAAAGAAAAGAAACAUUUUGGGGGCUGAUUGGUUUUACUAUAUGUCUCUUUUAAAUCAGCUUUGAUACAUUUUAGUGAUGAAACGAGUGUUGAAUGUCAGAUAUGAAGAAAUUACAUAAAGUCCAGCUAUGAAACAGAAAAUUUGCAGGUAGAGAAACAUAAAGGAUUUCAGUGUGUGAUAAUAUGCUUAUUUAUGUUCUUUGUAAUUGGUCAGGAUACUCUUUGUAAACUAUAAUAAUGAUCACCUAAUGAUCUCACAGAAAUGAAUAUUUUCUAACUAAAUCUGUACCCAUAUAUAAAUUCCAUAUUUAUUGUUGGAAAUAUAUCCUGCAUCCACAUCUGAAUGAAAUGUAAUCUGAAAUUUAUUUCCUUUAUAUAUAGGGUGAUUUUUCUUUGUAGUCUUGUGGGGGUUUUUUUCCUGAAAGUUGUAACAGCUCUUUCAUUUCCUGUUACUGUCUGUUCAUUAGGGAAAAAGUCACAUUUUUUUUUAAUUUAAAAAAGAUUUUAAUUGAAAUACAGUCAAUUACAAUGUGUCAAUUUCUGGUGUACAACACAGUGUUCCAGUGUUGCAUAUACAUACAUAUAUUCAUUUUCAUAUUUUUUGACAUUUUGAACUAAAUCUCUCUGUUUCCCUUUCUACAUUUUGAGCCGAUCUAGGCAAGACAUCCCCUGAGUUACCCUCUCACCUAAUUACCACUAGGAAUACCAGUGGAAGAAUGCUUAUGCUAAAGGAAGAUGCAGGUUAUAUAAUCUGAACAAAAUCUGUCAUUCCAGUGAAGAUUCUGGGAUCUUGAGAUCUGUUUCCAACAGAGCACCCAAAAUCAACUAGUUCAUUUUAAGUAGGGUAUAUUCUAGGAGAGUGAAAAAAAAAAUCCUGUUAACUAUGGGAAUUGAUCCAGUAACUACUUUUGUGGCAGUGUCUUUAGAUGAUUGCAUGGAGUCACCAUUUGCACUGAAAAGCCGGUUGUAAUAAAAAUGGGCUGCCCGCUCCGUACCGCACCUGCCCUGUGCCUGCCAGGUACUUACUCUGACCACAGGGAAGGAGGCCACGUGACCGUGGAGGCUGAGACUGGAGUGGGGCAGCUACAAGCUGAGGAACACCAAGGACGGCUGGCCACCGCCAGAAGCCAAGAGGAAAUAAUGGAACAGAUUUUCCCCUCAAAGCUUCCAGAAAGAACCAAUCCUGUUGACACCUUGAUUUUGGAUUUCUGGUCUCCUAAAGUAUAAAAGAAUACAUUUCUUUUUUUUUUUAAGCCAAAAAAAAGAAAUUGGAACUGUAUGUGCUUAGCCUUGCUAUGACCUUUGAGUGUGUACCAACCUUUCUGUGUUCUUUUUUAAAGAGUGGGAAAAGAUGUCCUCUAUAUUGCCUUUUCUUAAAAAUUUUUUUCUAGUGCUUUUGUGUUAGUGUUUACAAAGUGUAACAGACCACCACAAAUUUAGUGACUUCGUGCAACCUAUACUUACUAUCCCCCACUUUCUGCGGUCAGGAGCUGGGCAGGGGUUCACUGAGACGUCUGCAAGGCUGCAGUCAGGUGUCUGUCCGGGCUGUGUUCUCAUCUGGAAGCUCAGCCGGGGACGGCUUUACCUCCUUGCUCCCAUGAUCACUAACAGCCUUCCAUUCCUUCCUGCUGGAGGGCUUAUGGAAGCUUAGUUCUUCAAGGCUAACAAGGGACAGGGGGGCUCCAGAGCAAGUCUGCUAGCAAUAGGGAGUCUACAGAGUGGAAUGUGAUCACAGGGGUGGCGUCCCAUCACAUUUGCCAUAUUCUGUCGGUCAGAAGCACGUCACAGGUCCCACCCAUACUGAGGGGGAAGGAUUAUAUGACUUGAGUCAGCAGUCUGGGAUCAUGGGGACCACUUUGAAGCCCAUAUGUCAUAGUACUAUAUCCGCACUGACGUUUCUUUAAAUGAAUGAUGAAAGAAGUCUGGGAUCUCAGUACAGCAAUAUGUGGAGGGCCAGUCCUUGUCAAUGGUGUAUGUAAUUUUUUUCCCAAGGGUCUAUGUAGUUGGGGAAGGAUUCAACACAAAAAUGAUAGGCUCCAUUAAAUGCAUAGCUGUAUGUAAACAUCAUUACAUCACUGCAAGGCUAAUCAGUGGUCAUCUUCUGUUUCAAAAGAAUGCAUCACUUUGAUAGCUAAAAUUUUAGAUUUAUAGAAAGUGAAAUCCACUGCACUCUGCAGUGGAUUUUUUUUUUUUUUGCCAGCAUUUUAUUUUAUUUGAGUUUUUUUUUCCUGUUUGUUUUUGGUGUGUGUAGGGGGAGGUAAUUAGAUUUAUUCUUUUUUUUUUUUUUCAGAGGAGGUACUGGAGAUUGAACCCAGGACCUUGUGCAUGCUAAGCAUGCGCUCUCCUGCUUGAGCUGUACCCUCCCCCCUGCUCUCUUUUCUAAGGAGAAAACUUUAAAGUGUUUUUACCAAAACUUCAGUGAUGCAUUACCAACUUCCCCUGAUGGACUUGUAAAUGUUUGCUGCUUAUUUGUGAAUAAAAUAACAUUUUUGAAUUAAA